AUGUCAACUCCUCCACCACCACCCUCGGACAACUCUUUUGUCCCUCCUGUCAGAAGGUCGGGUGUGAGGACCGUCCUUUCAUACACAGGCAUCCCACCGUCAUGGCUCGACAAGCGCCCGAAAUUGCCUUCCAGAAACUGGCUCAUAUUUCUCUCCGUCACCUCGUCAGUUGUCGGGCUGUAUGCGUAUGACCGACGGAGAUGCAAGCAAAUCCGUCAGGAGUACGUCGAAAAAGUGAAGCACCUUUCAGAGGUACCAGCCGACCCGUUUGAAGUCCUGCGCAAGGUUACUGUGUAUGGUUCGAAGUGGCCGGCGGAUGAGGACUAUGAUCAGAGCCUCAGGUACUUCCGGAAGUAUGUCAAGCCCAUACUUAUUGCUGCUGGUGUUGACUAUGAAAUGAUUCCCGGAAAGCGGCAUGGUGAAAUUAUGAAACGUGUUGCAGAAGACAUUAGGUUAAGAAGACGACUUGACCUGGAAAUCGACAUAGACUCGGACGUGAGGAAGGCGCUUCCAACAUACAGGUCCCCGGCUGUCAGACGUCAGAAUGAACUUGAAGGUGGCAUUGUGAUUAUCGGCCGUCCUACUUUCAAAGAAUUUAUGGCCGGGCUCAAGAAAGGUUGGACUUCCGGCCUGGAAAAGGUGGACGAGGACGAGGAACUGGCACGUAUACUAGAGAACGACAGUCACUUUGACGAACCUGAAGACCCGAGAGACUUUGACAUGGACGAACCAUCGAAGAAGUCCCCGCCUUUGUCUGCUCAGACAUCACCCGUCUUUUCACCGCUGCAAAUUCGACCUUCCUUUGCUCAAAACUCGCAGCAAAGUCCUUCUUUACCGACCGAUGUUCCAGCUGUCAUUCCACCGCUUCCUCCGUUAUUACUUGUGUCAUUCACGGACUACAUUGGCAUCUCUCAAAUCCCACUCAUGAUUUGGGAUUUUUUCAACCAGCGGCAUAAAGUUCUUGCUGGAGCACAGGCGGGAUAUCGACUGGUUAUGAAUAUUUCACGUCCGAUAGAGGUUCCAGAAAGCUUAGACCAACAGGCGGCUCCCGAUGGAGAUAUUCAAGAGCAGAAUCUUGGAGAUUUGGACUUUGACAAACAGGCCGAAAGCUACUACAAAAAAUCGUUAAAGGACCUCCCUAAAGAUAUUGAAGAAAUCAGGACAAAGUAUUACGAAUCUCUUGCCGGCAAACUGGCAACAGCACGCGAACUUGCGCGGGGCACACGAGAGCCCACAAAAGCUGAGCUUGAGAACCCACCUCCUACAGAGGUCGAGCUUCGUGCAGAAAGAUUAAAAAAGGAACGAAGAUGGCGCAAUGACGUAGACGGCUGGAAUAUUAUCAAACCAUCCACCAGUGUCACUUGGGAUCCCCGUUUCAAAAACGCGCUGCGAGUAUUUGUAGAUCCUCCGCAAGAAUCUACUUCGCCAUGA